AAGACUGCCAAAUGCCAGACUGCAACCGUUAAAUUCAGAACUGCACUCUUUCAAAAUGAAGAACAUUCUUUUAGUUUACAUUCUCAUUUCCUGCCUGUUUUUCACAGGAUGUUUUAGUCUGAACGAUGAGGAGAGGCUGAUUAAUGACCUUUUAGUUGUCAACAAGUAUGACAAAAAUAUACGGCCAGUCCGACAUAAGGAUGAAGUGGUGAAUAUUGCCCUGAGUUUAACGCUCUCCAAUCUUGUUUCACUGAAAGAAAGUGAUGAGACCCUUACUUCAAAUGUAUGGAUUGACCACGCAUGGUAUGAUUAUCGACUGACCUGGAAUACAUCAGAAUACAGUGAAAUUAACAUUCUUCGACUCCCCCCUGGCUUGUUAUGGAUACCGGAUAUUGUCCUGGAAAACAACAACGAUGGGCAAUACAAUGUGGCUUUUUUUUGCAAUGUGCUGGUCCACCCAGAUGGAUUGGUUACAUGGCUUCCCCCUGCGAUAUUCAGGAGCUCCUGUUCCAUCAAUGUCCUUUAUUUUCCAUUUGACUGGCAGAACUGCUCCUUAAAAUUCACCUCUUUGAAUUAUAAUGCAGAGGAAAUAAAUUUGGAGCUAACAACAGAAGUUGCAGAUGGCAAGGAGUAUCCUAUUGAAUGGAUUAUUAUUGAUCCCGAAGCUUUCACAGAGAAUGGUGAAUGGGAAAUUAUUCACAAAGCUGCAAAAAAGAACAUCCAUACAGAAUUUCUCCCUAACACUACCAAAUACCAGGACGUGACCUUCUAUCUCAUAAUUAGACGCAAGCCUUUGUUUUAUGUCAUCAACAUCAUUACUCCAUGCAUCCUCAUCUCCUUCCUGGCAUCACUGGCCUUUUAUCUUCCUGCAGACAGUGGUGAGAAGAUGACCUUGUCUAUUUCUGUCUUGCUUGCUCAGUCUGUUUUCCUGCUGCUAAUUUCACAAAGAUUACCAGAGACAGCUCUUGCUGUUCCACUAAUUGGAAAGUACUUAGUGUUCAUAAUGAGUCUGGUCACUAUUGUGGUGGUGAAUUGUGUCGUUGUGUUAAACUUUCACUUCCGAACCCCAAGCACACAUGUUCUCUCAUCUGGAAUUAAAUGGCUCUUUUUGAAAAAACUCCCACGGAUUCUCCACAUGUCACGUGCUACCAAAGAUGAGCCAUCAGCUUGGCAGAACAAUUUGAUGCUACGUCGUAGCAGUUCCAUUGGAUACAUUUCCAAAGCACAAGAAUAUUUUAACAUCAAAUCUAGAAGUGAACUUAUGUUUGAAAAACAAUCUGAACGCCAUGGAUUGACACCACGAGCGACUCCAACUAUUGCAGGUUUUAGGAGCAGUGGGAAUGAUAACAUGGAUAUUUCAGACCAGCUUCAUGCAGAAAUCAAAUCGGGCAUCGAUGGGACAAAUUGCAUCGUGAAACACAUAAAAGAUCAAAAUGCCUAUGAUGAGGAAGUUGAGAACUGGAAUCUAGUGGCCCAGACUAUUGACAGACUGUGCAUGCUCAUCAUAAUUCCAGUAAUGAUCUUUGGAACUAUCUUCAUUUUUGUGAUGGGAACCCUCAAUCAUCCCCCACCAUUGCCAUUCGAAGGUGAUCCCUUUGAGUAUUCACCAGAUCGUCCACGAUGUAUGUAACUGAAGAAACUGCAAAGUACAGGGAGAAUUAUUGGAGAGGCUACUCUCUCUCUUGCGUGCGCGCACUCACAGGCACACACCCACACAUACACAAACAGAACAAAGAAACACAUCACAAGAGAAAACUAAAAAUAUAGCACGAACAUUCAAGGAAAUGUAAUAAUACCAAAUGUAAUAACAACUGCUCACCACUAAUAACAUGUUAUAAUUAGAAAAAUGUAGAAGUACUGCUGUACUCAAUUCUUUGUUUUCAGAUUAGCUAACCCACUGAUAAUCUUGAAUAUUAUUCUCUACAAUGGCAGCAAAAUAAUGGCUUGAGUUGCAACUCACUUCCAGAAAAUAGGACAGUUCAACAUUCAACCGCACUUUCAAUUCUGUUAGUAAGAAGUCUUGCCUUUAUGAAGCAUAAUGUCAAAAAUCCUGACACUUUACAGUCAAUGAAAAACUUCCAAAAUACAGACAGGGUUGUCAUGUAGAAACAUUAUAAUGAGCUUUGUUUUAAAAAAAAAAAUCAUUCUUAAUCUCUAUGAACCUGUAUUAAAUUCAAAAGACUGCCUGAGCAUCUUUAUAACCUGUUGUAAUUACUCUUCAAAGACAGUUGACAUGGUAACCUAGAAAGUAGAUUUCACUGCUUAUUGGCAAGCUAAGCCAUUGCUGUAUUUAUUUAUGUUACUCAUAUAGGUUUCCUGCAAAAGGAAAUCAUGAAACUUGUCCAAAAUAUCUGAAAUGGCAUUAGGUGAUUUAAACCCCCAACCUCUGCAAAAACCAGGACCUGUGCCUUUCAGACCCAUGACCCACAACCCACACUGGGAAAGAUGUCAGCCAUUAAAGGUACAUUUUCUCUAGAUCUGGGCAAGAUUUUAGCAAUUGCUAACUCCUCCAAGUGUGGCAAUCUCCACUCAAUUGAGCAGUGCAUAAAUAAGUUAAAGGGUCAUAGAGUAUGACAGCACAGAAACAGGCCGCUUUGGCCCUCAAGUCCAUGUCAAAUUUAUUCUGACUAGUCCUAUUUAUCUGCACGUGGACCAUAACUCUCCAUACUCCUCCCAUCCAUGUAUUCUUCCAAAUUUCUUUUAAUGUUGCAAUUGAAUACACAUCUUCCACUUCCAUUGGUAGCUUGUUCCACCCUCUGACCACCCCAGGUAAAGAAAUUCUCCUUUGUUCCCUUAAAUAUUUCACCUUUCACCCUUAGCCCAUGAUCUCUAGUUCCAGUGUCACAUAACCUCAGCGGAACUAGCUUGCUUAUAUUUACCCUACCUAUACCCCUCAUAAUUUUGUAUAUCAAAUCUCCCAAUUCUCCUACAGUCCAGAGAAUAACAACCUAACCUGUUCAACUUUUCCCUAUAAUUCAGGUCCUCAAGUGUUAGCAACAUCCUUGUAAAUCAUCUUUGUUUUCUCAAUCUUAUUGAUACCUUUUCUGUAAGUAAAUGACCAGAACUACACACAAUGUUCCAAAUUUAGUUUCACCAAAGGCUUAUACAACUUCAACAUGACAUCCCAACUCCUGUUCUGAAGACUCUGUGACUGCAGUAUCAUUGUUGACAAGCUUGUCCUUUGCCUGCACCCCAGAAGUCCCUGACUCACCCCAGAUGAUCAAUCAUUUCCAAGAAUGAGAAUUCCAGUAAUAGAUAGCUGCCAGUAAUGAGAAUGCCCGAAGCCAGAUAAAGGGUAAGAUGUGACUCUUGGUUAGAAUUAUAUUAGGAAACAUAGCCACCAGUAUUGCUGCAAUACUAUGAGUUGGUUAUAUAUUUGAAUACAAGUACAGAAAACAAACUCCUUUAUGAAAAGGACAAAUGAACACAUGCAACAUGCAAAACAAUGCUCUUCUGUACCCACUGGCAGAACAAGUGAAUAUUGGAAAUCUUAGGUCUUGAUAGACAACAAAAUAGCUUACAUUGCCCAAAGUACAUGUGCACUAAAUUUUAAAUCUUUACAACGGCAAUCAUUACGAAAAUUAUUUAGUUAUUGGUUCAUGAGUAAUUUCUAUUUCAUGUUGUACAAAAGUUUACUUCUCUAUUAGAUUUCAUACCAUACUUUGUUAAUGGCAACAGUUCACCAGAUAAAAUAAUAAUCUUUACUUAAUUAACAUUUAUUUAAAGAACUUAAAGCAUCCUCAAUUUUUAGGCUGUGCCUUUAAGUAUUCAACUUCACCUCACCUCAAAAUAGCAUCUUGUGUGGUUAUAUUAUAAUACAUCUGGUUACAGAUUAUCUAAUAAAUAAAAUUUUGCGAGAUUAAUCUCAUUGAUAUUGAACCAACUGAAGUUCGGAUAUAUGCAUAUUCUGUUGUGGUAUUUGAAAUUUGUUUUUUGACAAAAAAAAAUCAGAGCAUUAGCUUAAAAUGGAAUUUCCAUUCAUUCUGUAAAAUUUCAGCAGAAAGAUACAAUAUCAAGAGAAACUAAUAAUCAAUUCUCUGCUUAGAAUUCAAGCAUGUAAAAACAAAUUAAAGUAAUAUGCCUUCUUCCCAAGCAAAAAACCUGUGCAGACAUUUACAUGUUAUGAGCUUGACUCAUUCUUGGGUGAUAUAACUGCCUCCUCUUAUGGGAAAUGUAGCAAGAACCUUGUAAAUCUUUUUUGCACCCUUUCCAUUUAAUAACAUUCAUUCAUUAUGUGCCAUUUCAUAUGACGUGGUCAGUCAUGGUCUUGACCAUGAUUGUUCUUGACAAACCUUUCUAGAGAAGUGGUUUGCCAUUGCCUUCUUCUGGGCAGUGUUAUUACAAAACAGGUGACCGCAGUCUUUACUCUUCAGUAAUUCUCUGCUUGAUGUCAUUGAUUGCAUAACCAGGACUUGUGAUAUGCAUCAGCUGCUCAUAUGAC